CUCUAAUUUAAAUUUUUAUUUUUUUUUAUUUUUAUUUUAGGGUAAGAUGGUGAAAGGAAUGGGAGGAGCCAUGGAUUUAGUCAGUUCAGGAACAAAAGUAGUUGUUACUAUGGAACACUCCGCAAAAGGUGGAGCACACAAAAUUUUGGAACAGUGCAACUUGCCUUUAACUGGGAAACAGUGUGUAGAUCGUAUUAUUACAGAGAAGGCUGUCUUCGAUGUGGACAAGAAGAAUGGGCUAACACUGAUUGAAGUAGCUGACGGCCUUUCUGUAGAUGACAUAACAAAAUAUACUGGUUGUAGUUUUGCUGUUUCACCAAACCUCACAAAGAUGAGACAAAUUGGCGACUAAAAUUUGUUGUUACAAAUCCACCUGGACUUCAAUGAAGAACAGUUACUGGCUUAUAUGGUUUCAGAAGAUCAGGACAAUCUACAGUAGAGCACUUAAUCAUAUAUAUAUAUAUUUUUCUUUAAAGAAUACAGCUGUUACAUAAACUUUCUCAUAGAAAUGUUGAUACACUUUGUGGCCAAUAAAUGCUAUCUUUAAAA